AACCACUUGAAGAUCCUACUGAAGGAAAUUACAAAACAACUGCUUCCUACAAUAGAAGGCAACUUAACAGUUACCGGUCCCCGGAGUACCAAGUGAGUAAUUCUAUCAUGGAUAUUAAUGAGUUAAAACAUUCUGAACACAUAACCAGUAUUUACUGUAAUUAG